GACUCACGGAAUUUUGGCGGGGCUAUUUUUUCUUAUACACCUAACACAUUUAGACUCAAACUUUGACAUUUACAUCCUCAUCCUCUAUUUAACUCGUACUUGACACCGCUUCAUACCUUGUCUAGGAAUAUCAAGUCAGCCAAGGCCGUCGCGGCGCUCGUCAAGAUGAGUAUCAACUUCCCGCUCACGGAAGAGGAAACCGUCCGCUUCUGGCGAGAGGUCGACGCCUUCCAAACCCAACUAAAACUCACCGAGGGCCGCGAGAACUUCACUUUCUACGAUGGUCCCCCUUUCGCCACAGGUCUUCCUCACUAUGGCCAUCUUCUAACUUCCACCAUAAAGGACAUCAUCCCUCGAUACUGGUCUAUGAAGGGAUACCACGUCGUUCGUCGAUUCGGCUGGGAUACACACGGUCUCCCCAUUGAGUACGAAAUUGACAAGACCCUAGGCGUGUCUGGCCGAGAUGCCGUCCUGCAGAUGGGUAUCGAGAAGUACAAUGCCGAAUGCAGAGCUAUUGUAAUGAGAUAUGCUGCCGAGUGGAGACAGACAAUUGAGCGAUUGGGUCGCUGGAUAGACUUUGACAAUGACUACAAGUCUAUGGAUGUCAAGUUCAUGGAAUCUUGUUGGUGGGUCUUCAAGCAGCUUUUCGACAAAGACCAGGUUUACCGCGCCUACCAGAUUAUGCCUUUCUCGACUGCUCUCUGCACCCCAUUGAGUCACAUGGAGUCCAAGCAAAACGAGAAGACGACCCAGGACCCUGCUGUAUUAAUCGCUUUCCCCGUGCAAGGCAGAGAUGCAUCCUUGGUCAUCUAUACUACGACGCCGUGGACCCUGCCGUCUAACCUCUUCAUUGCGGCCCACCCUGACUUCGAGUACAUCGAAAUCCUAGAUGAAGCAUCAAGCAAGCAUUACAUCCUCCUAGAAAGCGGCCUUUCUAUGCUCUAUAAGGACAAGAAAAAGGCAAAAUACAAGGUGGUUGGGAAGCAUAAGGGCAAAGACAUGAUAGGUUGGAAGUACGAGCCUCUAUUCCGUUAUUUCGUCGACCAAUUUGCCGACUGCUUCCAAGUAAUAGGCGCCGACUACGUGGAGGCAGAUGAGGGUACUGGCCUUGUCCACCAGGCCCCUGCUUUCGGUCAGGAAGAUUACGACGCCGCAGUUGCUGCAGGCUUCAUACACCCGGGGCGCUUGCCGCCGUGCCCGGUGGAUGAUAAGGGCCUUUUUACGGAGGCAGUAACCGAAUACGCCGGCCAACACGUUAAGUCUGCCGAUAAGGCUAUCAUCAAGGACCUGAAGGAAACUGGACGCCUACUUGUCGCCACUCAGGUCUCUCACGUAGACAAGUUUUGCUGGCGGUCUGACACACAACUCAUCAGGAAAGCCGUUUCUUCGUGGUUCAUCCGGGUCUCUAACUCUAUUCCCGAAAUGCUUACGAAUUUGGAAUCAACCACCUGGGUCCCUUCGUUUGUGAAAGAGAAGCGAUUUGCAAAUUGGGUUGCCAACGCACACGACUGGAACAUCGCCCGAAAUCGAUACUGGGGUACGCCGCUCCCGUUGUGGGUGAGUGAAGAUUUCGAGGAGGUUAUUUGCGUGGGAAGUAUCGCCGAGCUCAAGGAACUGAGCGGGUUCACCGGUACUUUGGAUGACAUUCACCGAGAUAAGAUCGAUCAUAUUACCAUACCCUCCAAAAAGGGCAAGGGGCAACUUCGCCGCGUUGACGAAGUUUUCGACUGUUGGUUUGAGUCUGGCAGUAUGCCAUACGCAUCUAACCACUUUCCGUUUGAGAAUUCCGAAGGAUUUCAUGACGGGAGGUUCCCUGCAGACUUUAUUGCCGAAGGGCUUGACCAAACUCGUGGCUGGUUUUACACACUGAGCGUCCUUGGAAAUAAGCUUUUCAACGUAUCGCCAUUCCGGGCCGUCAUCGUCAAUGGCUUGGUUUUGGCAGAGGAUGGCAAGAAAAUGUCCAAGAGUUUAAAGAAUUAUCCGGAUCCUAAAACUGUCAUUGACCAGUACGGUUCCGAUGCGCUGCGGCUCUAUUUAAUCAACUCCCCGGUUGUUCGUGGAGAGCCAUUACGUUUUAAGGAGUCGGGAGUCAAGGAGGUAGUAGCAAAGGUGCUUCUACCACUUUGGAACAGCUACCGGUUCUUUUAUGAACAGACGGUUCUAUUUAAAAAGACGACUGGCGAAGAUUUCGUCGCUCAGUUCCCAGAGACUAGUAAUGUCAUGGAUCGAUGGAUACUUGCAGACUGCCAGAGCAUGUUACAAUUUAUCAACCAAGAAAUGGCUGGCUACCGCCUAUACACUGUCGUACCGCGUUUACUUCAGGUUAUCGACAACUUGACGAAUUGGUAUAUCCGUUUCAACCGCAAGAGGCUUAAGGGUGCAGCUGGUCUAGAUGCUAAAGACACUAAGGCAGCACUGGAUACGUUAUGCCAAGUGCUCUUUACCCUGGUCCGAGCCCUGGCGCCUUUCACACCUUUCCUCACGGAACAUAUCUAUCAACUGCUGCAGCCGUAUCUUGGUAACGCACUCUCGGAGUUCCCCAAUCCAAAGAGCGUUCAUUUCCUCUCGUUCCCAACCGUCCAGGAGUCGCUUUUCGAUGAGGUAAUCCAAAGGAAGCUAUCUGCUAUGCAAAAGGUUAUCCAACUUGCGAGGACGGCUAGGGAGCGAAAGACUAUUCCACUAAAGACGCCCUUGCUUACCCUUGUGGUUAUUGCCGAUGCACAGCAGCUAAGUGAUAUCGAAGAGCUGCAGACAUACGUCAAAGAGGAGCUCAACAUUCGAGACAUUGUCUUGACGAACGAUGAAGAGCGAUACGGUAUCCAUCUCGAAGCUCGAGUUGACUGGCCCAUUCUCGGAAAGAAGCUAAAGCGUGAUGCCCAAGUUGUUCGAAAAGCAUUGCCCGACCUAACACAGGAAGAGCUCAGACAGUAUUUGAAGGAUAAGAAGAUCACCAUUAAGGGAAUUGAGCUCGAGGGAAAUGAUCUUACUAUCGUGCGGGUGGUAGCUAAGGAUAACGCGAGCGUUGUGAAGGAUGAUGGGGUGCAGUAUGAACCGGCGUUCCUGGAAGACAUGAUCAUCCUCUUAGAUACGGCGCCGCACCCAGAACUGAUUGACGACGGAAUUGCGCGUGAUGUGAUGACGCGUGUGCAGAAGAUGCGAAAGACAGCUGGGUUGGUUCCCACUGACGACGUACGCAUGCAGUACAACAUCGUUUCAAACCCUGAUGACGUCCAGUUUGACGCAUUGGUGUCUUCCCGGAAAUCUCAAUUCGAGAGUACCGUGCGUGGCCCGCUAGAGCCAUUCUCGCCGACAGGAACGGCGACAGAAGCUGUUAUCCUAGAAGAGGAGCAUUCUAUCAGCAGCUUAACAGUGCUGCUAAGGCUGUGUCGGCUUUGAGUGCGUCAUGUAGCUCUGAGGGGAGAGCGAUAUAUAAAGCUGUUAAACUAGAGCUAUUAGAAUUUCGUGACACAAUCCUAGAGAUCUGGUCACAAUGGAAUACCGUCUUUCUCUAGAGACGACGUGAACUGGUUCUUAUUCGUGAUAUAUUAUACCUCAUUCUAUCAACAACGUUAUAUAAUUUGCAUCCACCUGGAUUAGGUACAUAGUGUUACCAUGACCGUAUUAUGUAGUAAAGUAUGUAUGGAGAAGAGGAGCGUACAAAUAUAUUGAUGUGUAUAUAUCUCCUUAUCCCCGCUGGCAAAUACAACAAACUCGAGGACUGAAACAAGACUACUCCACAAGCAAGAGAACUUAAAAGCGGAAUUAACGAGUUACACUACUGGUAUAUAGCAAAGGGCCGUUAAACUAAGCUAUUAGACUUUGAAUUAUCUAUUAAGAGUGUAAAAUAUUGAAUGGUUAUGGGGGUUGAAA